UUAAACACCACCUUCAGUUAUUCAUGUUUCUAUAUUCCACUACAUUCUGGGGAAGAAUAAAAUAAAUAAAUACUCCUUGUAAGAAAAUCAUCCUUAUCCGGGAUUGAAGAAUCUGUAACAUCUUAAUCCAAGGUUCCAAGGCUAGGGCUCUGAAUAUAGUAGAACCUGUAUAACUGUAUUGAGAUACAUACAUAGAUAAUUAGAGCUAGAGAGAGGAGAUGGGUCAGGCAUUUCGUCGAGCAGCUGGAAGGAUUGGAAGAGUCGAAACGCCGUCUUCGCAGCUGAAGAACCCCAUUGAGAGACCGCCGCUGCCUUCACCGGAAAUUAUUUCUGGCAAAGAUGUCGUCCAUGGAGCUGAGAACACUCCAAAAGCCAAUCCCAAGAAUAUUCUUGAAGAACGAGAUCCACAGUUUGAUGUGAUGCUUAGUCAAAUGGUCGGUAGAAUUCAUGCCAAGCCUGGAGGGAAAUCUGAAAUGGGUGAGGCUUCAAUAGUGGGAAAGUACGAACGACCAUUGCCGAAACUACGGAAUGCAACAACAGAGUCUAGCAGAUAUGAAGGAAGGCCGACGCCUCCAGGAACGUUAAAUGUAGCGCAGUUAAGACAAAUCAUAAUGUUGUAUCAAGGAAAGGCAAAUGAUGAGCAUGAAGGGCCUAUGGAUGUCAACCAAAUAGCGGAAAAGUUUCGAAUAGAUGUUUCUCAAGUCCAAAGGAUCGUUCAAUUUGUAUCACUGCCCCCGGAGGACACCACACUGCAGAAAAAUCUCUGAUUUACUUUUGCACAACUAAGUCCACUCACUGUUCGCGAUCAGAGAAUAAUAUAUUAUUUUCUUGAUCUUGAAGCUUCUAGUGUGUCUGAAUGAUGACAAAUAAAAAUUUAUGGAUUAUAUCUCUAUAGCAUCUCUGUAGCUAACUUUCUGACAAAUCCACAUUUUUUUAACUGAACCUUACCGGAGUACUUGCCAAGCUCAAUAAG